GAACGAGUCCUGGAGUGGAUAACUCUUGGAGCAGAUAACGGAGCCGAGUAACCCCAGCAAAGUGAAGCCUCAGCUCAAGCUGGAGGGAGAUCGGGAAAUGGCAGCUAUACUUCUUACUGCAUGAUCCCAGAUGAGGAAUUGGGAAAAAUUCACUGUCCCUGGAAGGCUGGAGCCGGAAAGAUACCAUAGAGGAAUAGCAACCCCUAGCAACCUAGAGUGGCAAGAAAUGCUUCCACCUGGGGGACCGACCAGGAAAGAGGAACUUCCGGUUACUCGCUCUAAUCGUUCCGGAUAGCUCGGCCCUGGCCCCAGCAACGAAUUUCGAGAGGAGGUGGAGGGGAUUUCUUCCAAUCGUAGAGAUUGAGGCUAGGAGUCGACAAGAGAACUCACCCCUAUAAAAUUCAAACGCGAACUGCGGAACCUGGUAGGGAAAGGUACGCUUGGAGUUCCUAGCGCUCUGGUUGUCGUAUGUACGGUCUAUUUGGGUCAGUGCACUGCCCGGGGGUGGGAUCUGCGCAUGCUCAGAGCGGGAAUAGGCGUGACAAGCUCGAUCGUUGACCGAGCCUGAAGCUGGGCAUUAAGUCUUCAUUCCUAUCCCGUUUCCAGUGACCAGACCGGACCUGAUUUUCUGAACAGGGAGUGAAGCCAUGGAAUCCUAAAAUGAGGAAUGUGGACAGGAGUUUCCACUCAGGAACCAAAGACACGAAAGAAGAGGAAAUUCCAAUGGGAGAAAGACUUCCAGAAAAGGAAUCUGACUGGAUAUUCUCUGGGGCCUAUACUGGGAAUGAAGAAUUUUAUAUGUUGCCUUCAGCUGAGUUAGCCAAAGUCCCUUCCCAAAGUCCUGAGGCUAAAGAACCUCAAGGGGUUCCUUUAGAUCAGAGUGCUGAAGUUAUUUUGGAUAAGAGAUGGAAGCAAACCACUUCUUGGGAAAAACAGUUAAAACCUUUCUUCUUCAGUCCACAAGGAUCCAUUCCCCAGGGAACUCCCUAUGAUUGUGCUGACUGUGGGAAAAGAUUCUGUCUGAAGUCCAACCUUCUCACCCAUCAAAAAACCCACUCUGGAAGGAGAUUAUAUCAGUGUCCUCAGUAUGGGGACAGCUUUGGGGAUUAUACCAGCCUGUCUACCCAACAGAAGGACCACAGUGGAGAAAGGUCCCACCCCUGUCCAGAGUGUGGAAAAUGUUUCAGUGAUGCUACCAAUCUCAACACUCACCUUAGGAUUCACACAGGGGAGAAGCCUUAUGAAUGCCCUGUGUGUGGGAAACACUUUAGCCAGAGCUCUGGGCUCAUCCGGCACCAGAGAACCCACACUGGUGAAAAACCUUAUACAUGUUCUGAGUGUGGCAAAGGGUUCCGGCAGAGCUCAGAUCUUGUGGAACACCAUCGUAUUCACACUGGUGAGAAGCCUUACACCUGUGGGGACUGUGGCCAAAGCUUCUCCCGGCCCUCUAAUCUGGUCCAUCACCAACGUACCCAUACUUCUGAGAGAAUUUUUUGUUGUAUAGAAUGUGGGAAGAGCUUCCAGCAUAGCACCAGCCUGAGUCGCCACCGAAAAACUCAUACUGGGGAAAAACCAUAUAAAUGUCCUGAAUGUGGGGACAAUUUCAGCCAGAGUUCUAACCUCCUAACUCAUCAGAGAAGUCAUACACUAGAGAAACCAUACAAAUGCCCACACUGUGGAAAGAGUUUCAAUCGGGCCUCUAACCUUCUCCAGCACCAACAGACCCACAGCUCAGACAAACCCUAUAAAUGCCCACACUGUGAGAAGGCCUUUAGCCGAAGCUCCAACCUUAUCACCCAUCAGGGUACCCACACAGGAGAGAAGCCAUAUAAAUGUUUUCAGUGUGGGAAAGGCUUCAGAUCUGGUUCCAACCUGAUUCAACAUCAGGAAACCCACAUGGGAGACAAAUCCUAAAAAGACCUGACAAGAAACGGGCAGCAGUAGAAAGGGGGAUUGAGUGAAAUGUUUGUGUUGCCAAAAAAAAAAAAUCCAUAUUGCAUUAAUUAACCAUCAAUGAAAAUGGGAGAAGCAUUGCUGAAAGAAAGAAGACAGGCUUGAGAACUUGAGAGGACUCAAAUCAUUAGCUUAUAAGAACUUCAAGAAAGUUUUGGGCAGAAGAUGUAAAAAUAAUGCCCUAUUUUCACAUCCUUUUCUCUCUUCUAUUUUAUUUCCACUCUCUUGUCUAGAAGACCUUAUUUGGCAUUUUUCUCUGUAUGAAAAUGAAAUUAGAAAUCAUAGAUCAGUCCUGCCACUUUGCUCUGUCAACAGAAAGCAGACAGAAGAGAUAAAGAACUGUAGGAAGCAGUAGGGACCAGUUGGUACUAAAAGUGCUUCUAGAACAGAAAACUGUGAUACUGCUUUAUUAAGGAAGCUCGUUUAUUGCCCAGUUACCCAAAUCAUCCUGAGCUUGUGAUGUGGGGCAGAUAUAUAGGCUCAUUAAUCUCCCAAAAAGGUAGUUUUAUAGACUGAUCAUAUUCUGAACUGGGCUAUUCCUACAAAGGAAGGCAUCAGGCCUUGCCUGCAAGCUAGAGUAUCAAUUGAACCAAAGAACUCCCAUUUCCUUGGCAACCUGCUCUCUUUAGAGCAUUUACUCUUCAUCUGAGACAAUUGUGAUUCCAGCCCUUAGAAUCCAGUAGUCCCUACUUAUAGGAGAGUUUAUUAUCUGCUCUAAAACAAAAUCAAAAGAUUAAGUAAAGAAAGAGAAUACCAUAUUUGAGCAGACUAUUAAAUGUGGUGGAGCAAGACAGAAAUUUCAUGAACAGACAAGUUGGGUCAGACUAGACUGGUAAAGUGGAGUUAGGAAGUAGGUUCUGUGGACAGCUAUAUGCAAACACUUGGUUAUAUAUAUUUUAUCUACCCUGCUGCCACAGUUCUCAUUCAGUGCCUUCUCCCCACUUUCCUUUGGGCCUUCCUUUUAGUCCCUCCUGCUCCUCACCUGUUCCCUGCUUCUCUUCCCAAAUGACUAUAACUAUGUGGGGAUAGUAGUUAUCAUUUAUGGGUGGGUAUUUGGGGAACUAUUCAAGUGGAAAUGGGUUGGCUUGCUUGAGGAAGAGAUGGAGUCAAGAGAUAGAUUCUGGCAUGGGAAACAGGAAGAGAAGGGGAAACUAAGAAUCCAUCCUCUGGACUAGAAAAAAUGAAAGCUCUUUGUAGUGUCAAGUCUAGAAUUAAAGAGCAAUGAAAAGUUGGCUUCAGCAACAUAGAGGCAGGCUAAGGACUGUUAAAAGCCCAAUAUGGGAUGCUAGGUUUAGCAAGGAUAGGGCCAAAGCACCUACCAGAAAGGCCUACAUCCGGUCUUUCCAAAUUGCUCUAUGUUCUUGGAUCAGACUGAGAUCUAGGCUUGCCUAGCCCCAAAGGAGCUGGGGGUGGGGUGGGACUUUAAAUGGAUUUUUAAAAUAGAUUUAUUGGCUUAAAUUGGAAA